CCCCCUGACCGCUUCUCUCUGUAGAGAAAAGUGAGGUGCUAGAGGCCUGCCUGCAGCCACUGGAGGACUGCCAAGAUGAACCCACUCACUGUGGCCAGUUCACUGCUUUAGAGUAAGCAAAGACCUGCUUGGUCGUGUGCGUGCAUGCAUAUGUGUGCGUGUGUGUGUGUGAGCGAAGUAGGGACAGAUUUCUGAACGUGAAAAGACUCACAGGUUCAGGUUGGUAAACAUACCUUUCAUUCACUCCACACGCAGUCACUGAGAACCGACCGUAUGCACACAUGUGGGUAGUGCUCAAGAGUCUUGGUUCUGGGUCCUCAGGAAAAAACCCACUAGGGGCCUGGACUUCCCAAUAAAUGCAAUCAUAACCACUCUCCCUCUGGCCUCCUGGCUAUUGUCUAACUUACUGGAACUCUGUACACCUUGUCAGCCAGAUGGUGCAACUUUGCCCUAACACACUUGUGCAAGCUCAGGCCCAAACACUAUGUUUGAAAUACAAGUGGGGGAGCAGAGUUUAGAGACAGCGUUGGAAGGAACUGUGUGCCUCCCCUCCACAUGGUAGCCUGGGAAGGAGGAGGCCCCAGCACGGCUCGCGACAGCACAUGCACAUGACCCCUGCCCUUGCUGCUACACCUGCAGGAACUGUGACCACUGCCCGGUUCUGGCUCUGGACCUGGAAGGGGCAGCCCCAGCUCAGCACCCACGACCUGUCUCACCUGUCGGUUGGGCUGGAGGGCCCUGCAGGGGAGUGCUGUAACCUUUCCUUUCCUCUGGCUAGGAGCCCUGCCACCCUACACAGCAUGGGGAGCGCAGACACCGCGCCUGCACCUCGGAACAGAGCCUAGGGGUGCGAGCGCGCUGAGGCCGUCAGUUGCAGCCCUGCCCCCGGGCGGGGGGGGCGCUGCGGGCUGGACAGGACAGCAGGGAAGAAACUAGGCCCCUGAGCCUGGUGAGCGUUGCCGGGACACAGCAGAGAGGCUGCACCUCGCUCAGGGGCUGGGGACCGGGACGGCAGAAUUGGCGGGGGCGGGAGAGCAGCGAGGCCGAGGACCUGGCCUGCAUCUCGGGCACGGAGCUGCGGGCUGGACGUGGACAAGGCCAGCAGAGCCCCUCGGAGACAUCCGGCCGGCAGCGGCGAGCCUGCCCUCUCCAUGCCCUGUCCGCUCGGAGCUGACUCGGGCCUCUUCCAGGAACAGCAGCUGACUCCUCUCCGCGCUCGUGGAGGAGAACACAACCCCGGCCGCGGGCGGCGGGCUGCGCUGCCCUGCGCGGACGAGGGAGGCGGGCUGCCUC